UGCUGAGCUGAGCUGGGGCGCGGCCGCCUGUCUGCUCCAGCAGCACCAUGUCGCUCAUGGUCGUCAGCAUGGCGUGUGUUGGGUUCUUCUUGCUGCAGAGGGCCUGGCCACAUGUGGAUGGUCAGGACAAGCCCUUCCUCUCUGCCUGGCCCAGCGCUGUGGUGCCUCAAGGAGAACACGUGAGUCUUCAGUGUCACUCUCAUCUUGGGUUUACCAUCUUCAGUCUGUACAAGGAAGAUGGGGUGCCUACCCCUGAGCUCUACAACAGAAGAUUCUGGAAGGACAUCCUCCUGGGCCCUGUGACCCCGGCACACGCAGGGACCUACAGAUGUCGGGGUUCACACCUGAACUCCCCCACUGAGUGGUCGGCUCCCAGCAACCCCCUGGUGAUCACGGUCACAGGAGUCUACAGAAAACCUUCCCUCCUGGCCCACCCAGGUCCCCUGGUGAAAUCAGGAGAGACAGUCGUCCUGCAAUGUUGGUCAGAUAUGAGGUUUGAGCUUUUCCUUCUGCACAGAGAGGGGAUCACUGACGACCCCUUGCACCUCACUGGACAGCUCCAUGAUGGGGGUUCCCAGGCCAACUAUUUCGUGGGUCCCAUGAUGCCUGCCCUUGCAGGGACCUACAGAUGUUUUGGUUCUGUCGCUCACUCCCCCCAUGAGUGGUCGGCUCCCAGUGACCCUCUGGACAUCGUGAUCAUAGGUCAACACGGGAAACCUUCUCUGUCAGCCCAGCCAGGCCCCAUGGUUCAGGCAGGAGAGAACGUGACCUUGUCCUGCAGCUCCCAGAGCUCCUUUGACAUUUACCAUCUAUCCAGGGAUGGGGAAGCCCAUGGACUUAGGCUCCCUGCAGUGCCAAGCGUCAGUGGAACAUUCCAGGCCGACUUCCCUCUGGGCCCUGCCACCCACGGAGGAACCUACAGAUGCUUCGGUUCUUUCCGUAUCGCACCCUAUGAGUGGUCAGACCCGAGUGACCCACUGCCCAUUUCUGUCACAGGAAACUCUUCAAGUACUUGGUCUUCACCCACAGAACCAAGCUCCAACACUGGUAUCCCCAGACACUUGCAUGUUCUGAUUGUGUCCUCAGUGGUCAUCAUCCCCUUCACCAUCCUCCUCUUCUUUCUCCUUCAUCGCUGGUGCUCCAACAAAAAGAAUGCUGCUGUAAUGGACCAAGAGCCUGCGGGGGACAGAACAGUGAACAGGGAGGACUCUGAUGAACCAGAUCCUCAGGAGGUGACAUACGCACAGUUGGAUCACCGCGUUUUCACUCAGAGAAAAAUCGCUCGCCCUUCUCAGAGGCCCAAGAGACCCCCAACAGAUACCAGCGUGUACACGGAGCUUCCACCAGCUGAGCCCAUCAUUGUCUCCUGCCCAUGA